AUGUGGUCUCUCCUCAGAGGCUUCUCCCUCAGGCUUCUCUGCUCGGGGCCCCUCUGUUCCAUCCCCUUUACCACAAACAACGUGUUCCAGAUGAAAAGGGUCUAUAACGUGGGCACCUGGAGGGACAACAUCCACGUCAGGAUUCAAACUCCCGACAUAGUGUCGUCCCAACCCUGGAGACCAGAUUGGCUUUCUGCCCAGAUUCUGGACAAUUAUGUAACAUUCCGGGACAAUAAUUCCCAGUGUGACGCGGAUCCAUUCAACUAUGAUCCAACCAAUGCUUUAUGUGAACUAAAGUACAAAAAGCACAGAGAAGUGUCAUGUGACCAUGUCAAAGAAGAAGAAGAGACAGAUUUGAGCCGUGAUGAGCAGAAUGAGAAGGAAAUUCCUACAGGGAACUGCCCAGAUGACUGUACCAGGAGAUCAGAGGAGAAUCUUAUAUCUUCAGAUUAUAAAGCAGAUGAUGAUAUCACACAAGAUACAUAUGAAGAACAUUCCAUUAUCCCAGAUACACCCUCAGCCCUUCACAGCCAAGAUCUGUCAUCUCAUCCUUAUAUACAGGUCCUGUCUUCUCAGUCAUCACAGGAUGUUCAGCAAAAUAAAGGUCACAGAAGGGGUGUUGGACAUCAAAGAGAUCAUACAGGAAAGAAACCAUAUUCAUGCUCAGAAUGUGGGAAAUGUUUUAGUUUUAAAUCAGGUCUUGUUACACAUCAAAGAACUCACACAGGAGAGAAGCCAUUUUCAUGUUCAGAAUGUGGGAAAUGUUUUAAUCAGAAAUCAAUUCUUGUUGUACAUAAAAGAACUCACACAGGAGAGAAGCCCUUUUCAUGUUCAGAAUGUGGGAAAUGUUUUACUUUUCAAUCAAGUCUUGUUAAACAUCAAAGAACUCAUACAGGAGAGAAGCCAUUUUCAUGUUUAGAAUGUGGAAAAUGUUUUGCUCAGAAAUCAGAUCUUGUUAAACAUCAAAGAACUCACACAGGGAAGAAGCCAUUUUCAUGUUCAAAAUGUGGGAAAUGUUUUACUCAGAAACCACAUCUUGUUGUACAUCAAAUAACUCACACAGGAGAGAAGCCAUUUUCAUGUUCAAAAUGUGGGAAAUGUUUUACACAGAAGUCAAGUCUUCAUCAGCAUCAAAGAAAAGAACUCACACAGGGGAGAAGUCAAUUCAGAGGAAUAAUUGAUGCAGAUAACACAUCUAUAUAUUAACCAUGUACAUAGGAUAGUUGACAGUAAUAUAUAUAUAUAUCAUUUCCAAACUUGUUACCAAUUUUUAAGAAGUUCUCUAUAUUAUAUGAUUUAUUAUUCUUAUAUUCAUCUCCGCACACUGGACUUAUAAUAAAUGUAAUAUUGUCCCUGACGUUGUAUAUAGGGAAUGUAACGCGUCAGUGUUGUCCCCGCCCCCUUCUCAUUAUGAUUAUAGAGACUUUAAUUCAAGGCAUCAGACAGGAUCCGCGCGUCUCCCUUGUAGAUCGUCUCUUCUGAACAUAAGACGCUGCAGAUACUUUUAUUUAUCACAAACCCUAGACCAGCGUUUCCCGUCUUGACGUCUAUUUUCGGUCUCAGAUCAUAAAAUCCAUUUUUCUAUAUGAGAAGUCGUCAAUAUCUCAGCGUCCCCCGGGUUCAGUAAACAUCGGUGUAAUUCUUUUCCUUUUCUUUGUCCUCCCCGGGGUAUAAAAUCCCUAGAGAUCUGAUCACAUCUGGUACAAGAUCUCUUUACUUCACACUUUGCGCCAUUAUUA